AUGACGGGCUCUGAUGCCAGCUCGGCCUUUGGGCCUACGCCGACUACCAGCGCCAGUGUCGGUCCAAUGGCGAUACCCGCGAUAGCUCCGCCUGACAAGGAGGAGGACGAGGAAGACGAAGACGAAUUGCUAGACGGAGGUGGCGGUAUGGCGCUCGAUGCUGCGUUGGAUAGGACGUCUGAUGCUGUAGCAGGGGCGGAAGAGGGUGUUGAUGAUGCUGAGUCUGACGCAGACGAGGUAAUUUCGGACGUUGGCGAUGCGGAGCUUGGCUUAAUACUCGAGCUACUUGUUGGAGCGGCGCUGGCGCUGGCAAGUGACACGAGGUCAGCCGAGAGAAUCUGGCAGCGUACAAACUUCUCGGUGAAUUUGUAG